AUGGUGGCAGGUAUUGUGUCUGGACGAUUGGCCCUUGUUACAGGAGCUGGUUCUGGUAUUGGUAGAGCAGCAUGUCAAGUACUUUCCCGUGAAGGUGCUACAGUUAUUGCAGCAGAUAAAGACUAUGAAUCAGCUGUAGAAACCAUAAAAAAGCAUACAGCCUUAGCUUCAGGGUCUAACGCUGUGGGAGAUCAUUGUGCUUUUGAAUUAGAUGUGUCAAACACAAAAUCUAUAUUAGACCUUUUCACCAAAUUGCAAAGGCAAUAUAAGGCACCACCAACAAUCAUAAUCAAUUCUGCAGGCAUUACAAGGGACAACUGGUUAUUGAAACUCUCCGAGGAUGACUUUAAUAGUGUACAUGAUGUUAACUUAAAGGGCACAUUUCUUAUUAUGCAAACAUUUGCUAAAGCAUUGACAGAGGCAUCACUGCCUGGGUCUAUAGUGAAUAUAUCAAGCAUUGUUGGCAAAUAUGGCAAUAUGGGGCAGACUAAUUAUUCUGCCAGCAAAGCUGGUGUUAUAGGGAUGACAAAAUCAGCUGCAAAGGAGCUUGGCAAAUUUAACAUAAGAGUAAAUGCGAUAUUACCGGGUUUUAUUGAUACACCAAUGGUGAAAACAGUUCCAGAAAAAGUGAAAGAGGGUAUGCUUAAAUUGAUACCUUUGGGAAGAUUAGGAGACCCCACAGAAGUGGCUGAAAUGAUCACAUUCCUAAGCUCUGAUAAGAGUUCAUACAUCACAGGAACAACAGUAGAGGUCACAGGAGGGUUCUAG